AUGACGGAAAAUCUUAGUGCAGAACAAAUUUUAGAUAAAGCUAAGGCAGAAAUAAAAUUCCUCAUUAACAAAAGAGGUCACAUGAAAGCCUCUCUAACUCGUUUCCAAACAUUUUUAAAUGCCUUACCCCAACUCGAGCUUUUAACUCCUUCAGACCUCGUCCAAAUUGAGACCAGGUUUAAAGCUGCUGAUUCCCUUUUGCAGGAAUUUGAACAAAUUCAAUUGGGUAUCGAAGACAUUUGUUUAGUGCACAAACUGCCUGAUGCUCAAGAUCAGACUGAGGUCAGAUCAGACUUCGAGGAAAAAUACUUCUCAAUAAUUUCCAAGGCAAAACUUAUAUUACAAGCCACCAAUCUCAAAAAUGCUAGCAACAAUCCUAGUUUAACCGUUGAGACUCACCCUGAGCUCAGCAACAACCCUAUAAAUAAUAUGGCUAGUAUUUUAUCCACUAAAUUACCUCCAUUAUCCAUACCAGAGUUUUCUGGUUCUUACGAAUCAUGGACCCAGUUUCAUGAAACCUUCGAGGCUCUUAUUGAUAAAAAUCCCUCGUUACCCAAGGUGCAAAAAUUUUACUAUCUCCAGUCUGCCCUUAAAGGAGAUGCUGCCCAGAUAAUUAGCUCCCUUACAGCUACCGAUGGCAACUAUGCUGUUGCAUGGAAUUUACUCAAAGAGCGCUAUGAGAAUAAGAGGGCCAUAAUUCAUGCUCAUAUGAAAGCAAUUUUCAGCUUGCCAUCCCUCAAAGAAGAUAACCAUAUCCAGUUACGCAAAUUCUUAGAUAACUUUCAAAAACAUUAUCGAUGUUUAAAAAAUCUAGGUGAAAAUGUGGAUAACUGGGACACACCCUUAAUAUAUCUACUUACCUCAAAAUUUGGCCAACUUACACGUAGGGAAUGGGAAAUCUAUUCCAAGAAUUUUGAUAGCCCUUCAAUCCUUAACCUCACUACAUUCCUCACGGAGCGUUGCCACCUCUUAGAGUCAAUUGAUUUUAAAGUGCAAAAUAAACAUGAUCCAAAUCCUCAAAGGAGUUAUGGUACACCUAAGACAUUCACCAAUGCCGUUUUUGAAAAUAAAUGUCCUGUUUGUAAAGAUAGCCAUUUUGUCUAUGCAUGUGAGAAAUUCCUCAAACUUCCUGUGAGCGAAAAGUACAAUGAGGCGAAACGUCUAAAAUUAUGUACAAAUUGCCUACGUCCAGGUCAUUUUGCAUCUGUUUGCACAUCCAAACAUUCUUGUAGAGCUUGCCAGCGAAGGCAUCAUUCAUUGCUACAUUACCCCACAAAUAACUUUGAGAAAGAUUCCAGGCACAUAACCUCAAAUGUAAAUCCAAGUAUUACUAAGCAACCCUCUCAAAAAACGCUUUGCGCCCAAAUAAGGGCAACCUCAAGCAAUAACCAUGAUGGUAUUAACCCAACACAGUUGCCCAAUCCUCAAAGAGGUAACAUAAAUCCUCAUCUUUGUGAAACCCCGAGUUUCUUGCCAUCGAAUCAAUUACCCCACGCUACUUCACACCAAGUGGUAGUAGAUCAAAAUGUUUGUAAUCCUCAACAAGAGAAUAAUCUUCAGCCAAAUUUGCCUGUUGAUUACAGUUUUGCUUGUGCUAAUUCUGUACCAAAUACUUUUGUGCUCCUAUCUACUGCUUUAGUUUAUGUUUAUGACAGCUGUUCAAGACCCAUACCCUGUAGAGCCUUACUUGAUAGCGGGUCACAGUCUAAUCUUAUAUCAAAGACCUUGUUUGAUAUCCUAAACCUCAAGUGUGAGAAAGUGCACAUCCCUGUUUGUGGUAUAAAUCAGGGAACAACCUAUAUUAAUAAGAAAACCUCAUUAACGAUUAAGGACUUAAGUAAGAGUCAUCAUUUUAAUCUGACUGCCUUAGUAAUCGAUAAAAUUACCGAUAAAUGUCCUCAGCAGACGCUAAAUGUAUCUAAUUUCAUUAUUCCCAAAGAAAUUACUCUGGCAGACCCCACUUUCUUUGAAUCCUCUGAAAUUGAUCUCCUUAUAGGAGCUAGUCUAUUUUAUGACCUGCUUAUUUCAGGUCAAAUGAAACUUGGAACAAGGAAUCCUAUCUUGCAGAACACCAAACUUGGUUGGGUAAUUUCUGGACCUAUGCAUGUUUCCAAGGGUUUUACACCCCUGAAAUCCAUAUCGGCUUUUUCCUUGAAUAAUGAGUUUGAGCUAAAACAAUCACUUGAGAAGUUUUGGCAUAUUGAAGAACCCUUCCAUGAACCCUGUAAGCUUACCCCAGAGGAAAUGGAGUGUGAAUCCCAUUUUAAGAGUACCUUUACUCGAACUUCUUCGGGUAGAUUUGAAGUUAGUUUGCCCUUAAAGGGCACUGUAUCCAAACUAGGUGAUUCCCAAGAAAUUUCCAUGAAAAGAUUUUUGGCUAUUGAAAGAAAACUUACAAGGAAUCCUGAACUUAAAUUCUCUUACACGCAAUUUAUUCAGGAAUAUGAAAAAUUAGGACAUAUGUCAAAAAUUAAUUCCCAAGAAAAAACGUCAGACCCCAUCUAUUACUUGCCCCACCAUGCUAUUGAGAAAUUAGACAGCACUACUACCAAGUUAAGGGUAGUGUUCGACGCCUCAUCUAAAAACAACAACUGGCAUUUCUCUAAACGAUAUUCUAAUGGUUGA